AUGACUCAUUUGGGUCAACUUUUUUCGCUUAAAAUUAAGUACAUAAUCGAUCAUGAUGACCCGUCCGUCGGUAAAACCCGAUUAUUGCACUGGGUGGUAAGAAUUAUUUUCCUCCUUCUACAACUCUCCCCUUUACUUCGCUACAUCGAUACACUGAUCUACGGAAUUCAGAGUAAAAUCAUCGGUUCUUCGUUUCUCUAUCGUCGAAUGUUGGACGAAGACACCAACAGUGCACUUUUAAGGUUGUAUCACUGUUUUCUCCACGCCGCCCCUCAAGCCAUCAUCCAAUUGAUGAUCCUCUUGGUGCACGUGACCCACCCCGAAAAAGUACCACUCGAAAUAGAUGUCAUCGUGAUCCAAUCAUGGACGGUCGUGGCCGCCUUGAUGUCAAUCGCAUGGUCUCUCACGUCAUACCACAGAUCUGUCCGUUACGCCCGAGACGAUAAAGAAAAGAUCAAAUGGGCAGGGACUUUGAUUGCGUUCUGUUGGCACCUUAUGAGUGCAUUAUCACGUGUUUUGGCCUUGAGUCUCUUAGCUUCCAUCUUCCCAGCAUGGAUGGGGUGUGUGUGUGCCCUCCAUUGGAUCGUGAUGUCCAUAUGGUUGACCUUGAGUCAACACCACCCGGCAGCAUGUAGUAGUCGAUGCGAGGAGAUAUUCCUGUCAAUAAGUCUAGGCCUUGCCUAUGUGUUGGCAUUUAUUUCACCACGAGAUGGCCCCACUAGAUACGUCUACCUCGCCUAUUACCUCGUCUGCUUCAUGGAGAAUACAGCGGCGUUAGUCGUGUGGUGUGUUACAAAUAAUUCCGUUGAUAAUCCCUGUCUCUAUUAUGGGGCUGCUGGGGCGCAAAUCGUGGCGUUCCUCCUCGGGAUUGCAUUCCUCCUCAUCUACUACAAAUACUGCCAUCCAUCCAAGGCCUACCGGAGUAAAAUCCCCGAUGUGUCCGAUUCCGGGAUGCUCGAUAUCGAUAAGCCCGGUUUUAGUAAAUCGUACGAUGUGAGAUCGCAUUCCUGA